GUCAGUAGCAGCUCAGAGGAGCCUCAGGAACGGCAGCGCAGCUUCCAUCAAACCCACAUUUAACGGUUUAAAAGUGAAUUCGAUGAGCAGCGAGCUGCAGGAACCGACAGCGGCGGGACUGUAAAGCCACAGGACGGACCGGGGAAGAGGAGUUUAUCCGCUGAGGUCGCUGCCAGCAGCUUUUUCUCCGUCCAGCGGACAUUGACGGAGAGAGUUCCCCCUCCAGCUGGUUCACAGUAGAACCGUUCGGUCUGACGGAGGACUGAAGGACUGAGGGUCCAAACCGAGACAGAAAAGCGGCUGUUCGGUCUCGAAACAACACCACUGUCCAGUUAUCUCAGAGUGAAGAUUCCUGUUUUUCGUGGAGACUUCAUCGCUGACGGAGGACGAACGGCUUCGGUUUCCUGUGUGGGAGGAGUCACAGCCAACGUCUGAGAGAUGUGAAGCUGACGGGCCGGAGGAGCCGCCACUCAAGCCAGGACCACGCCCUCAGCAGCGCCACCAGCCAAUCAGCACGCAGCCUGGAGGACCAUCAUGCACCUGAAGUCGUAUCCGAAGCUCGUGCGGUCGGAGGUACGCCUGGAUGCGCCUGGCGCUCCGACGGCGUCCCAGCGGAGCAGUCUGUUUGUGAGCCAGCAGGGGGGGCUGCUGAGGACCUGCAGCGGUAACCAUGGCAACGUCAGCAGUAGCCGCCUCCCGUUCAGUGUCAUCUCCACGAACACGCUGCGCCGCGCCAACGCAACAAGCAGCAGCGUGACGUCGCUCCGGCUGAAGGCGCCGUCCGUCGCCACCCUGCAGCUCCUCCCCCCGACGCCGGGCUGUGAGAACAACACGCCCGGCCUGUACCAGACCACUGCCGAAGACGCCGACGCUCCGCUAGACAUCUGGGCCGUCAUCAAGCCCGGACACGUCCGCGAGAAGAUCGCCAUCUUCGCCUCAGAGGAAGGCCGGCCGGACGGAGCCCAAGCCAGCGAACGCACCUCCACCGGCAGCUCCGGCAACCGGGACAGAGCACCGGCGGUGUACACGAACCACGCCGCCAUGACGGGACUGUCACGGGCCGUGAAGGCAAAGGGGAGCUGGGAGGAAAACUCCAGCGCCAAACGACGCCGCCGGUCUGGAAACAACCAGAACCUCCAGCAGGACCAGACGACCCGGGUUCAGGACACCCAGCAGCUCACCCUCAAAGUGCCGCUGAGCUCGGACGCAACGCAGCAGUCGAGCGGGGGGCGGCGGGAAGGCGAGCCGGUGCCGGCGGAGGAGGAGGAGCAGAAGGUGUCGGUGGUGGAGAUCGUGGCGUUCAUGGAGCAGAGAGCGAACGAGCAGCAGCCGGACUCCAAACCUCUGCUCGCUCUCCAAAGGAGCUCCACCACCAUCACGUUGUCCAGAGCUCCGCCCUCAGCUGUCAAGGACGGGUCGGAGGUCAGGGGGGAGGAGCCAGAGAGCGUCAAGGUGUCCGACAUGGUGGCCCGGCUGGAGUCGGAGUGUCUGCGUAGGAGGACAGAGGGAGACCUGUCGAGGAGCAACAGCCUGCGGAGGACGGUGGGACGAGUUCUGCUCGCUGCCGCCGAUCAGAGCCCUGCCCCCUGCCAGCCGUCAUCACCAACAUCUCCGACAUCACCGACAUCACCAGGGGUACCAUUGUCUUCUUCGUCACCGCUGUCUGCGGCGCCAAGCAGAGAACCAGUCAGCUGUCUUCAAACCAUUAGGGUGGAGAUGCCUGCCUCAGCUCUGACCACGCCCUCCUCUCCAGUUCUGACCACGCCCCCCACAGGUGAGUUGGUGGGCGAGUCUCAGCAGGUGAGGGGAGCUGUCACAGAGACUGCGGCCCCGCCUCCUUCACAUGUGGAGGCGGAGCCUGUUCCCGGAUUGUUGUUUUUGGCUCCGCCUUCUGCCGAGACUAAUUCAGAGCCCCGCCUCCCUGCUAUUUGCCCCUCCCCCUCUGACUCUCCCAGCCAAUCGGAGAAGAGGAGGAGGAGAAAGACAGACAGAGCCCAGACGGAUGAAGCGGUGGGCGUGGCCUCGCCUCUGAGCCGGCGUGCGUCGGCGUCGCAGGACUUCCUGGUGAUGCGUCAGCGGCUGCAGCAGCUGCUGGAGCCGCAGCCGUACCUGGCCGUGCUGCCGCAUCACCUGCUGGUCAAGAUCUUCCUGCUGCUGCCGACGCAGAGCCUCGCCGCGCUCAAGUGCAGCUGCCACUACUUCAAGUUCAUCAUCGAGAACUACGGCGUCCGGCCCGCCGACUCGCUGUGGGUGUCCGACCCGCGUUACCGCGACGACCCCUGCAAGCAGUGCAAGAGGCGCUACGGCCGCGGCGACGUGUCACUAUGCCGCUGGCACCACAAGCCGUACUGCCAGGCGCUGCCGUACGGCCCCGGCUACUGGAUGUGUUGCCAUGGCGCCCACAGGGACGCGCCCGGCUGCAAUGUUGGUCUCCAUGACAACCGUUGGGUGCCGGCGUUCCACAGCAUCAACGUGCCGAUUUACAGGAGGAGCCGUAACCAUGACGACUGAGUGUGUGUGUGUGUGUGUGUGUGUGUGUGAGAACAGAAUCCGGCUGCAGCAGCUGUUUGUAACAUUUGUGUCUUCAGUGUGCGUCUGUUACUAGGCAACAGAGGCAGCGCCCAAUCAGGAAGAGUUCCCCAAACAAAGCUGUGACGCCACAAACGUCAACAUCGACGUGCGACCAGCUGACCGGUCAGGCGUCCAAUCAGGACUCACUGUUUGACUUCAUCACUGCUGUAAAUAUUGUCACCUGCUUCGGUUCUGAUUCAGUAAAACGUUGUCACGUCGAGGCGCCGCCCGAACGUCCAAUCAGCUGCUGCAGCCGCACGACACCGAGGAAACAUCAGCUGCUCCCAUGAUGCAACAGCAGGUCGGACUUUCCUUAAAACGCUGCGACUCGUAUCAGACGACCUGUUUUCAUAGAAACCGACUGAAGUCUGUGAUUGAUCGUUAAUCAUCUGAACACCAGAAGAAAACUGAGAACUGAGCGUUUUGAGGAAACUCUGCCUGCAGCUCUGUGCAGAGCGGCGCCCCCUGCUGCUCAGACACCGCCUCACAGCCCCACGGUUUCAGUUUACAGCCAGUCUGCCUGCAGCCUCCGAUCGAUGGAUUAUUGAUCUCUGAUCAGCUGUCAGUUCUGACUGGACAGGAGGAGCAGAGUCCCGGCCAGGACUCGUCUCCUCUCGGCUGAAAUCCGAUCACAGAGUUGUAAUAAAUCCAAAACAACAACUUAAAUGAUCCUCAGCUGGUUUGAGCUUUAAAUGAAUUUAGAAUGUGUUCAGUUUUUCUUGUCUGUCUGAGAAUGGGUUCAAAAACCGAUCGACUGUUUGAUCAUGUUGCUCCGUUGUCAUGGAAACCAUCUUUAUAUUAAACAGCGGGAAGUGAAUUAUUUAUAGAGCUGAUCAGUUGAUUACAGAUGUUCUGAUUCCAGCCUCUGAGUUGAGAAGAGUUUCUGCAUUUUUUGACAUUUUAUCGACCAAACGGUUGUUCGAUUAGUUUAACUGGUGAUCAAUCAUUUUAAUAUCUGUAUUCACAGGAUCAAUUAUUGGCAAUAUUAGAUUUUAAUUUGGUGUUUUUGUAUCAACAUGAUGAAGCUGCUUCAUUUUUUAGGCGUUUAAUGUAAAGUUUUGUCCACGAGCGGCUGCAGGUUGAGCUGCUGCAGAGUCUCGUUAUUGAUUAAUCAGCUGAUUAUUUCCUCAUUGAUCAACAGUUUGGUCAAUACAUUUUACAAAGAUUGAAAAAAGCAGAAAAUCUUCUGAGAAGCUGGAAACCAAAAGGAUCAUUUCUGAGUGAUGGACUGACAGGUUGCUUCAGGUGUUUGUUACCUUCGUUGGUUUAAUUAAAGGCUGACAGGUGAGUUAAGGGGCGGAGCUUCAGGGGGUGGCGUCUCCGUUCGGGGCUUUAAAACUGUGCACCUUGUUUGCGUUUACAUGUGAACUUAACUCCUGCAGAGUUUGUGCGACUGCCUGAUAAUGGAUGGGUUUGUCGAAGGGAAAACAGAAUCGUGGCCUUUGAGUGUCGGAGUCGAUGCAAUACGAGAAACUGGACGAAAAAAGAAUCUGAGGAGAAGAGAUGGACGCUACAGCCGUUUGUUUUUUAAGCUGUGUUGGUUUGUGUCUGCUGGCUGUUUGCAUUUUUCUCCGUUAAACAUGUUUUGCUUUAAUAAAGUGCUUUUUCAUCGGGUCUUCAGGUUAAAA